AUGAAGUCCAUGUAUGCGCUGAUGCUCCUCUGCGUCUCCCUGGUGAACGCGGCGGCCGUCGAGGGCGAUGCUGGGGACGAGAAGCUUCUCCCAGUGAUGGGCGGGAUAGCAACAGUAGCUUCCAUCCGUAACAUGCACGAGGGAACUGGCAAUGAACAAGAAGGCGAGAAUAUCGAAGAAACAGCAGAAGACGAAUUGGCUGUGAACUUGAGAAACGGAACCGGGUGUUCCCCACGGACCUCCUGUCAAAACGCUGACGGAACCUGCAAGCCAACAUGUAAUGAGGCAACGGAGUCGGAGGUAGCUGACGGCUGUGCUGGCAACGGCUGCAAGUGCUGUGUUAAUACAAGCUUGAGACAGGCCUGUCAGAGUGAAGGAGAGCUCUUCGUGCAAAAAUCUGGAUGUGGAACCAGUUGGGGCCUCCAGACUUCCCCAGUGGACUCAGUAGAAGUACAGAUCGAGUCUCAUACCCCCAUUGGUUGCGUCAUGUGCCCUCAAGAUGGGGAACAGCUAUACCCGGUAGAUAGAGAUUAUUUUAUUACCAGCAUUAGUCACAGGAGUCACCAGUCUUCAUCAGCUCUCUCGUCACAGCGGGAGGUCGCUAGUAUAGACGACUCUACUCUACAAACACCACCACCAACGUCAUCACCAACAGCAGCGCCAGCAGCAGCUACAGCUAGAGAAACAAGUCACCAACAGCGAGACAUCUCCACCAUGAAGUCCAUGUAUUUGCUGAUGCUCCUCUGCGUCUCCCUGGUGAACGCGGCGGCCAUCGAGGGCGAUGUUGGGGACGAGGAGCUUCAGCCAGCAGUGAACGACGAGAACAACGAAGAUGAUGUUGAGGACGAAGGAACAGCUUCCGACGAAUUGGCUGUGAACUUGAGAAACGGAACCGGGUGUUCCCCACGGACCUCCUGUCAAAACGCUGACGGAACCUGCAAGCCAACAUGUAAUGAGGCAACGGAGUCGGAGGUAGCUGACGGCUGUGCUGGCAACGGCUGCAAGUGCUGUGUUAAUACAAGCUUGAGACAGGCCCCGUGUCGCAAUUUGUGCCAAAGUUAUAACGGAAAUUGCAGACAAAAUUCAUGUGGCAAGAAAGGUUAUGAACUAAAAAUUUCUUGCUUCCCUUUAUGCAUCUGCUGCCUUCCUCCGCCCAAAAAUCCGCCCGGUGUCAUUAUCCUUGGGAAAAACGAGAACGGAGAGGAAGCGUGAGAUGAAGAGGAAGGAAUCCUGGAGGAGGAGGAGGAGGAAGAUUAGUAAUGAGAAAAUUAUUGGAGACUCUCUAUGGGAUCGAACUCUCACGCCUGACCUUCCCGGACACACGCACUACUGACCGGACUAUGAUGAGCGGCUGUACAAUGGGAUCAAACUCUCCACCCUGGACUCCCCCGACACACGCACUUCAAUAUAAUCUUGUAGAUACGUCACACUCUUGUGACGUCAUCGUGUGAAGUUCAGGAAAGUUUCCCUAAACUUCACAGACAAACGCACGGUUUUGUUGAGCCUCAAACUGCAAGUUUUUAAGCACGUUGAAAGAAAACUGUUGAGUCAUUUUCAGUAAAAAAGAUUAUUUAAUCCUUACUGAUGUUUAACUGAUUAUUUUGUUGACAAACACACACAUCAUAUUAUUGUAGUUUUUGGUGUAGACAAGAUAACUUUUGCUUUCUUAAUUAUUAUUAUUAUUAUUAUUAUUAUUAUUAAUAUUAUUAUAAA